AUGAAAUCGAAUGAAGAGAAGCAAUUCUCGACAGAGACUACAAGUCUCCUUAACCUUCCCUCGCCCCAUUCAACUGAUAGGCCUGUGCAACUAGACCAUGUCUUGUCGUCGGAUAAUCUUGAAAACGGCGACGAGUACCAUGGUCAACGUGAAUCUAAGAGGAUCGAAGACGAAAAGGCAUCAUUCAACAAGAAAUUCAAUUCUAAUGGUGGGCUGCGCCGUGUUGUGCUCCUGCUUGUCUUUGCGUGUAUCGCUGCGGUGUUUAUCUUUGCUCUCAUCCAUUUUAAGAGUGGAGACCAGAACAACAGCGGCAGCCCAGGGAAUGCAUUCGGCAAACCCCAGCCAUUCUCGCUCAACCACCCAAACGACCUUGGUAUUACCAGCGUUGCCCGGCCAAAAGAGACAGCACCUCCAGAACGACUCUUCCGCCGUCUUGAGUCACCCGAUUCUGAUCAGCGCCAACCACUACCAACGAGUUCAUGGUAUCAAAACUUGCUCCUCACAACAGGCGAGCCAAAUAAUUUGCAUCGGGCAUACGCAUUGCCCUACAUGCUUGACCUAGUCGGUCCUAUUCCAGGAUUGACCCUUCACAAAGGCUUCCUUGUGCCAACCGAUAGGGUUAUUCAACUUGCAGACAAUGCAUGGAAUGGACUGACCUUGGGAGCAGCUGCUGAUAUUCACGAAAAGACACAAAAGAAACUCACUCAUCAGUACACUGUUAGCUCGCCGACAGAGCUGGGAGUAACCUUGCACUGGGACGCUAUGAACAUGUCGUCAUCAAUUGUUAGAGGAAUGGCCUAUGGUACAAUGAUUUUCGAGGACUUCAAGACAAACGGCGGAGAGGAUGGGAUUCUUUUCCCAACCCUUGCCUCCUACAUUGCCUUCGGAAAGCCCCCAGUGGUAGACGGAACAAGCCAAUUAGAAUGUGACGAUAAGGGAAGCCGAACCCUCGUCGAAAAGGAAGUUGAACUUCACUUCGGUGGCAGCGACUUCACAUGGCUCGUUUUCUUUUCGCAACCAGUUUGGGUGCAGUGCUCUAACGGCAAAGAAUCAAACAACGCCUUUUUGCAAGUCGUCGAUGUUGCUGACGAGCUAUCAAAAGAGCCCCUCGUUGUUCGAGCAGCACUGGCCAACUCCUGUACGAAUGGCAGAGUUCAUAACUACUGCAAGAGUCAAUUGAUGGACAGCGAACAACAAAAAGGUUAUGGUGAUCUCCUGAGACGUUAUGCCGAUACCAUUCCAGGCGAAAAUACCUCAAUGAAAUAUCAAGUUCUCGAAGGAGAAAGUGAAGGAACGCUUGUUCUUGACUGGGAUGCUCGGUCCGUCUCCUCUGGCAAAAGCAAGGAUUCAAGCAGCACUGACUUGGGAAUGAUUCAUUUCGCCAUGCCUCAUCAUAUGGACGCUUUGGACAGCAGCAGUCUUCCAGAUGACAAAUACUGUUUGCCUACAAUCAUGGGUCCAGCGUGCGCAGUUUUGGGAACAGAAAUGACACUUACCGAGACGAUCCCAGAUGUCGACUUUAGAGCCAAGCGCCCGAUUCCAGCAAGUUUUCUUUCUGAUAUUGGAGACACCUUGGUAAAAGACAUGAAAUAUGAGCUCGAGGCGUUCUUUCAACGCGGCGCUGGUGACACAUACUUCUCCGGCAAGAUGCUGUCAAAGCUUGGACGAAUUGCACUUGUUGCCGAAGAAGUGACUGAAUUGUGUUCUAAACGCAUGUCUAGAGAGUAUGAUGUUGCCUGUAAGAACACAACGAUUCCGACAAAGCAAGCAAUGGAUACUACAAUCGACAAACUUGAAAGCAGCGUCGAGAUUUGGAUCAACGGAUCUGCAGAAACACCUUUCAUCUACGACGAUGCCUGGGGUGGCUUAGUGAGCUGUGGCUGCUACUUCAAUGGCAAGACAUGCGACAAUGAAGUCCCAAAUUGUCCCACACUGUCAGAUCAGGGACUCGAUUUUGGCAACGGGUUCUAUAAUGACCAGCACUUCCAUUAUGGGUACCAUAUCUAUGCCGCUGCCAUUGUCGCCCACUUCCGUCCGGAAUGGGGCAAGAAACACUGGGAGGAGGUUCUGCUUCUUGUGAGAAGUAUUGCCAAUCCUUCCAGAGAUGAUACUGCUUUCCCUUUAUAUCGUCACAAGGACUGGUAUCAAGGCAGCUCGUGGGCAAGUGGUGUACCCCGUCCGCCAUACUUGAAUGGAAAGAAUCAAGAAUCGUCUUCGGAAGCAAUCGCAGCUUAUGAGUCCGUGGCGCUCUUUGGCAAAGUGAUGCAAAAAAUUUGGACCUCGGACAGAAACCCAUCGAAAGCAGCCAUUGCGAAGGAAGUCAAGCAGGUCGGACAACUCAUGACAGCGACAGAAUUGCGGUCGGUAAACAAGUAUUGGCACGUUCAACAGAGCGAUCCCAUCGAGAAGCGCAUCUAUCCAGUAGAGUAUACUGGGAGCGUGGUGGGAAUCGUAUGGCAAUCCAUGAUUCAGUUUGGUACCUGGUUUGGUACUGCGGAAUACUUGCCCUACGGCAUCCAGCUCUUGCCUUUGACACCAAUUUCAGAAGAGCGCGAUGAAUUGGAAUGGAUGAACGAGAUGUACUAUCCAUUUUCCACAUCCUGUGCUUCCACCUUUCAGUGUACCGAGUCGGGUUGGUCAGUGUUACAGCUGGCUGUCCUUGCCACGGUCGGCUAUCGCGAGGAAGCAUCCAUUCGAGCGAUAGCGCUUCCAGAGGAAUCCUAUACCAACGCCGGUGGAAAUGGCCAUUCUCGCACCAACACCCUCUGGUACAUCGCCACAAGACCAAUCGUUGACGAACCAAUCGAGCUCGUCGCAUCAGAUGUCCGAGGUGCCGGUGAAAAACGGCCGGCCCCUGUCUUCGAAUUGACCGAUUGUCAUACUCCGGCAACCUGUACCGAUGCCGUUCUUGAUAACAUGCCCGAUUCCUAUUCUUGCCGAGAACAUAUUACCUUUCUCAUCAAAAUGGAGCGGAAACCACAAUGGGAUGCUUGUACAUCUGUUGGAGUGGAGUAUGAAGAAAGUUGUGGACUGUGCAAUCCGACCGAAAUGGUUGAGAAUACACCGAAGAACGCUACUCAAGCCCCUACAAUUGACAACAGCAUUUGCCCACCUUGUACAGAUGAAGAGUGUGACAGUGAUCUUAAUCGAUGCCCGCUCUUUGAAAGAAGCUUUGUCUGCACCGCAGGUGCCAACGUAUUUGGCUGCAGCCCGAUCCCAUGGUACUUCGAGGAUGAAUGUGACACCUGCUGUGAAAUGACCAGGUGCCAAAACUUGAAAGAUAUUGAGGCCCAAAAAGUCACCCAUGAUGGAACUGCGUUCGAUAAACCUAUUUGUCCACCCUGCCCCAAGGAAGUUUGCUAUGGAGAAAUUAACCAAUGUCCCAUUCAUACUGCACCCUAUCUCUGCCUUGGUGGCGAUAACGUCGGCGGAUGCGCUUCCCAUCCUUGGGAUGUUAAGAAGGGAGUAACAUGCUCCGAGUGCUGCGAGGUUAAAACCAACUGCUAG